GCAGUUCCCGGCGGCCCCGGCCGGGCGCGCUGCCGCCAGCAUGGCGGGGGAGGCGGGCGGCGCCGCGCUGGGCCGAGCGGCCGACAAGCUCUUCUCGCUCAGCGGGCUCUUCGCCGUCCGCAAGCCCAAGGGACCCACCUCGGCCGCCGUGCUCAACCUGCUCAAGGAGCGGCUGCUGGCAGAAGCUGGUGUGCAAACAAACGGGAACAAAAGAAAUCAGGUUUUGAAAAUUGGACAUGGAGGAACUCUGGACAGUGCAGCCACAGGAGUUCUGGUUGUUGGUAUUGGAAAAGGAACAAAAAUGCUGGGAACUAUGUUGGCAGGUUCCAAGAAGUACACUGCCAUUGGAAUGCUGGGCAAGGCUACUGAUACAUUAGAUGCUACAGGAAAAGUAACUGAAGAGAAACCUUAUGACCAAGUAACAAAAGGAGAUCUUGAAAAUGUUCUGCGAAAGUUCACAGGGGACAUCAUGCAAGUUCCCCCACUCUAUUCUGCUUUGAAGAAGGAUGGAGAAAGGCUUUCAACUCUGAUGAAGAGAGGGGAAGCAGUGGAAGCAAAGCCUGCUCGGCCAGUGAGAGUGUACAGCCUUUCUCUCCAGCAGUUCCAGCCACCACUGUUCACGCUGGAUGUUGAAUGUGGUGGUGGCUUUUAUGUCAGGAGCCUGGUCAAUGACAUUGGCAAAGAGCUCUCCACCUGUGCCACAGUGCAGGAGCUGACCCGCACCAAGCAGGGGCCGUUCACGCUGGAGGAACACGCCCUGCAGGAAGACAAGUGGACAAUUGAUGAAAUUGCUCGGUCCUUGGAGCAGUGCACAGCCCUGCUCCUGGGAGAACCAGCUCGGAAAAAAUUGAAGACAGAGCAUCCUGGUGAAACUGCUGUGAUCUGUGGGGAUAAGUUGGGUCAAGGAAAAAGACUGAAUGAUUGAGAUGUUUUAAGAUUGGAUUGGGAUUGUCUCGCCUUCUGUGUAAAUCUACAAGUCUCUGCUGGGAAGGUGACAAACUGGAACACAAGAGAAAUGAUUCUUUUGUUUCCUGGGGUUAGAAUGUGCACUGAAAAUAUCCAGAGAUAACUGUUUCUUGAUUGUUUAUUUUCCUUCUUGCACACUGUAACUGAUGCCAAAUUUUUAUAGGCUUUAAAAGAUCUUUCAGGGUGCAAAAUGGCUGCUGUUGCGAAUUCAUUAAUAAAAAAUUGUAUGCAAUAAUGUCUGGUAAAUGUGCUCCAAAAAAAUAUAAUUUUUUCUUUGCAGCUGGUAGUCAAAUCUGGAAGUACCAUGGUGACAACUCUAUCAUAGCUUAAAGGACACAAGAAUGUGGUGUGCUUUCUUGAAAUCCAUUUCAGAAUAUAUCCAUUUUACUAUAGUUUUUCCUAUGCAGAUUGUUCUCCAGUCAGAUGUUCCUAGAAUGCGGUAUAUGAAGGUGCUAAUGUUUUAAGUUAAGUCUGAAAUAUCAGCCUAAGGGAAUAUUUUUAAGUAUAAACAAUCCCUGAAGAUGACUGGUUUGUGCCUGCAUCUUACAAAAAGGUGUUACAUGGCUUGGUGGUUCCAAACUUACUUUCAGUCAGAGAAGUUAAGUAAAUAUCCUGAAGUUUCUCAUUGCAGUAUACCCUUCCAGACAUUUAUAGGAUUUCUUUUUGUUUUCUGUACAAUAAGAAACUGAAUUCUGUGCAAAAUUAAUGGAAGUUUUGUUUAGAAGGACAGACCUCAUUUUAUUCAGUAAACAGUUUUCUUCCUUUGUAUAUUCUUAUAAAGAACUUAAAGGAAAUGUUGAGAACAGCACAAGCAAAUUGAAAUGUUAGAGCACUAUAGCAGCAGCAUAUUUAAAGUACAAUAUGGAUGAAGUAAUUAAUACAAGAAAUUAUGAUUUCAAGGAUGGGAGAAAAGCUUGUGUCCAGUGAGGUAAAAGCAGGAGAUUUUUGUUUCUUUUUGGGGUGGGUCUUCUGGUACUUAGAGUAGAAACGGAGAAGAAAGAUUAUUUCCUAAACAAAUCAAAUAAACCAGAAAAUUUCAUUUUCC